AUGGUAGAUUUCGUACAAUCGUCAACAGUUUUUAUAAGUAUAUCGAGUCUUAGUUUACAUUUAGUGCAAACGGGUAGUAAUUUGACAAAUUCACAACGAAUCUCAAAUUCUAGUUCAAAUAUGCAACAAGAAAUAACAUGUUCGAAGAACAACAUUAUAUCGAGUUCAUCUGUAACACCAAAUGUUAUAGACGAAGUUACGUCGAAUAUUCAAAUAGAACAUGAUUAUACAUUGAUAAAUCAAAACGAACGUUAUUCAACAACAACCUUAAUGGAUGAAUCACAUAUAAUUAAAACUCGUUUAUCUAUACCAGAUAAUCAAUCCAAAGGUAAGCUAUGCUAUAACAGUAAUUCUGAACCAACGUCUUCUAUUGUUCAACGUAAUGAUGGAUACGAAGGUUGUGGAGCUCGAAAAAAUAAACGAAAAUAUUCAAAAGAAGCUACCAAAAGAAAACAAAAAAAUAAAAAUAAAUGA